AGAGGGAGCGGAGCCUCCGCCAGCGCCGGGGGGCGGGUGCGGAGCGCGGCGAGCCCUCUCGGUCCGCAGCGCGCAGGGCGGACUGACUGGAAGCCGGCGCGGCCGCGGGAGGCGGACGAUGGGGGCAGGUGCCGCCGGCUGCGCCAUGGACCGGCCGCGCCUGCUGCUGCUGCUGCUGGGGGUGUCCUUCGGAGGUGCCCAGGAGGCGUGCCUCACCGGCCUGUACACCCACGGCGGCGAGUGCUGCAGAGCCUGCAACCUGGGAGAGGGCGUGGCCCAGCCGUGUGGGGCCAACCAGACCGUGUGUGAGCCCUGCCUGGACAGCGUGACGUUCUCGGACGUGGUGAGCGCCACGGAGCCCUGCAAGCCGUGCACGGAGUGCGUGGGGCUGCAGAGCAUGUCGGCGCCCUGCGUGGAGGCGGACGACGCCGUGUGCCGCUGCGCCUACGGCUACUACCAGGACGAGGGCACGGGCCGCUGCGAGGCGUGCCGCGUGUGCGAGGCGGGCUGGGGCCUCGUGUUCUCCUGCCAGGACAAGCAGAACACCGUGUGCGAGGAGUGCCCCGACGGCACCUACUCCGACGAGGCCAACCACGUGGACCCGUGCCUGCCCUGCACCGUGUGCGAGGACACCGAGCGCCAGCUGCGCGAGUGCACGCGCUGGGCGGACGCCGAGUGCGAGGAGAUCCCUAGCCGCUGGGCCACCCGGGCCACGCCCCCAGAGGGCUCGGACAGCACCGCCCCCAGCACCCAGGAGCCCGAGGGUCCUCCGGACCAAGACCCGGUGGCCAGCACCGUGGCAGACGUGGUGACUACGGUGAUGGGCAGCUCCCAGCCCGUGGUGACCCGGGGCUCCAGCGACAACCUCAUCCCCGUCUACUGCUCCAUCCUGGCCGCCGUGGUGGUGGGCCUCGUGGCCUACAUCGCCUUCAAGAGGUGGAACAGCUGCAAGCAGAACAAGCAAGGAGCCAACAGCCGGCCGGUGAACCAGACGCCCCCGCCCGAGGGAGAGAAACUGCACAGCGACAGCGGCAUCUCCGUGGACAGCCAGAGCCUGCACGACCAGCAGCCCCACACGCAGACGGCCGCGGGCCAGGCCCUCAAGGGGGACGGCAACCUCUACAGCAGCCUGCCCCCCGCCAAGCGGGAGGAGGUGGAGAAGCUGCUCAACGGCUCGGCGGGGGACACCUGGCGGCACCUGGCGGACGAGCUGGGCUACCAGCCGGAGCACAUAGACUCCUUCACCCACGAGGCCUGCCCCGUCCGCGCCCUGCUCGCCAGCUGGGCCGCCCAGGACAGCGCCACGCUGGACGCCCUCCUGGCCGCCCUGCGCCGCAUCCAGCGAGCCGACAUCGUGGAGAGCCUGUGCAGCGAGUCCACCGCCACGUCCCCCGUGUGAGCGUCCCCCGUGCGCCCCGCCCCGCCUUCCGGUGACCGAUGCUCAGCCAGCCCCGGGGCCAGCGUCCGAGCUGAGCUCCUCUGGGCAGGGCUGUGGAGCCCGGGCCCCUAAGCCACCGCCCUGCCAGUGACCCCAUGUGGCCCCACCGCUUCUUCCCGCACCCCCUCUGCAGCGCCGGAAGUGCCCCUGCUGCUGCCCACCCUGCCCCUGCCCCCGCCCCUCACCACCUCCGGCCUUCUGCUCCUUCUCCCCACACUUCCUGGCGGGCCAGCUCCUCCCGCCGGAGCAGGUGUCAGAGCUGGGGGUGCUGACACCAGGGGUGAUGCUGGGGUGAUGACCAGGCCCCCAGAGACUCAGAGACUGAGGACCCAGAGCCAUGGACUCUACACUGUGAACUUGGGGAAAGAGGGAGCAUCCUACACCCUCCCUCCGCCCCUCACACCCCCCUCUGGCCAAAGAUGAAGAGGAUCGAGGGCCUGUCGGAGCGGGAAGCGGGGACUGACAUGCAGUCCCACCCUCCCUGCUACCAUGAAAAUGCUUUGGGCUGGCCCACAGCCACCCAGCAACGGGGCGGCCGCGGGUGAGCUGGCCUCCUCCUCUGAAUGAGGGGCGGGGGACGAGCCUCAGCUCUGCUUACAGGCUGGGAGAGGGCGGCCAGGUGACCCUCCGGGGAGCGUUGUGCAGCCAAACCCGGUCCUCCCUCCCUCCACCGUCUCCAGGCCUGUUCCAUCCUGAGGGAGACAGGACGCUUUACCCAAGCUUUGGUCCACGGACCCAUCCUAACCCAAGUCAGCGUGGGGUUUGGGGAAAGGGGGGCCCCGUCCCCCUUCUUGCCCCCCUCAGGCAUGUCAGCGUGGCAUCUGGGGUGUGGCCCGGCCUACAGGUGCCUUCCAUCCCGGCACAGACCCAGAGCCAGCACAGGCCGUGCUCAGGGCGAGGGGCUAAGGACCCCCCACAUACCACACACACACACACACACACCCACACACACACACACACACACACACACACACACACACCCACACACGCACACACACGCACACACACAGCGGAUGAGAACUCUUUUCUCCGGGAGUUCUUUCUCGGGGGCUGGGACCGAUCCUGCCCGGGGCAGCUGCCAGAGAAGCAUCACAGGGAAUUGAACUCUGCUCGGCCGUCUCCCCUCGCCCCCGGGUUUGGCGGGCCAAGGACGGCGGAGGCUGGAGCUGGCGCCUGCCUGCCUUCCACGGGCCCCCACAUGGAGGAAUGCUGCCCCCCCCCCCCCGGGUUUGGCUGGGCCAUGAAGGUUGCUCGAAGACAAUUGGACCAGCCUGGGAAUGCAGCAAGAAGGAGCGGAGUUAAACUGUGGGCCCUGGACGGUCUGUCCAAUGUCUCGAGGACUCUGCAAAGGACAGCUCUUUCCCUCGCUUGGUGCCAGGAAGGGGCCCGGAGGCCCCUCCUGGCCUGUUCUGUUUUUGCUUGAUGUUUGGAAUGAAUGGUUCCCCCCUCUAUUUAGCAUGAAGGAGCCCCGAGCAGAGGGGUGCACUGACAGCCACCCCCUCCCCCGCCCAGGGUCCUCCCCUCCUCCCCCCGGCCGGGGACGGGAGCGUGGUCUGUGGACGGCGUUCCUUGGCCCUCGGGCUGUGCUGGGAGGAGGACACACCGCGGGCCCCUCGCCGUGCACGGGGGCUGGGGCAGAGCGGGAGCGUAUUUAUUUCCUCCCCAGCAGCCGGGAGGGGUUGAGGGGAGGCAGGUGUGGUUUAGCAUGUGUGUGGUUCCGGGGCCCCUCCCCGCUCCCUCUGGGCGGAGAUGGAAGCCCUUGGGCCCCCCCCCCCCCAGCCGGGGGCUGUGAGCUCCAGACCCCCCUCCCCCUCCCCCUUGCAUCCUGUGUAACCACUUCUCGGGCCCUCCUGAAACUUACACAUAAAACAUAAACGAUGAACAUUAAAUAGCAAAGAAAG